AUGGUGGUAGUUGAAGUCGUGGUCGACAGAAAAUCAAAAUCUACUGCGCAGCUUGUCGCUAGGGCGCAAACUGCAGAGCCUAGAAUUAAUGCCAUGAGCCCAGCUAGGAAGUGGUGGUCUGCGGGCGGGGCGCUGGUAGCUGGUGCGGCAAUGCGCGCGCGCGAUGCCUGCGCGCGCAGGAAAAUCAAAAUCCACCGCGCAGUUAGGGUUGCGGCAAAACACCACCACAUCUGGGUUCUGUUUGACGGAUUCCAGUCGUUCGCUGCUCGCUUAGGCGACGCGCUAAACGGAAUAAGGAAGUUAGGGUUACGGAAAGCCAGCGAUCCGUGGCCAUAUAUUGGAUAG